GGCAGGGUGCUGAGCGGCGCAGGACUGAGGUGGUGGUGGAGCGGUUGGUGCUGGCAGGCAGCGGGCGACGUGGUUAUGGGGCGCCUCGCAGGGCUUUCUGCCGGCCCGGCAGCCCCCCUGCUCCUGCUCUUGCUCCGCUGCGCCGCCGCAGCCUCCGUCGUGCUGUACGGCCGCCUGGCGGGGGGCAAUGAGAGACCCAUCAUUGGGAUAUUGGCACAGGAGUGUCACUUUGAUAAAUUCCACAGAUUUGGAAGUUCCUAUAUUGCAGCUUCAUACGUGAAGUUUUUGGAAUCUGCUGGUGCCCGAGUUGUGCCAAUAAGAUUAAAUCUUUCAGAUGAAGAAUAUGAUAAAAUAUUCCACUCUAUUAAUGGGGUACUUUUUCCAGGAGGCGGUGUGGAUCUUAAGACUUCAGAAUAUUCCAGGGUUGCUAAGAUAUUUUACCACAAGGCGUUAGAGGCUAAUGAUAAAGGAGAUUAUUUCCCAGUAUGGGGAACAUGUCUUGGACACGAAGAGCUUACGUAUCUCACAAGUGGCAAAGUUUUGCUUGUUAAUACCAAGACAAAUGGUUUUGCACUCCCUCUGAACUUUACCUCAGCUGCAAAAAACAGUAGAUUAUUCAAGAAUUUCCCCGAUGAUGUAUUACAUGCACUUGCUACUGAGCCAUUGACAUCAAACUUUCAUAUGUGGAGCCUUUCCCUGGAGAAUUUUACAAAGAAUGAAGAGCUUCAUAAUUUCUAUAAUGUUUUGACCACUAACAUGAAUGAUCAAGUGGAGUUUAUAUCUACCAUGGAAGCAUACAAAUAUCCAAUUUAUGGCGUCCAGUGGCAUCCAGAGAAAAAUCCUUUUGAGUGGAAGAGUUCACCAGGCAUUCCCCAUUCCCCGUCAGCUGUAAGAGCAUCAUAUUAUAUAGCUGACUUCUUCAUUAAUGAAGCCCGGAAGAGCUUGCACCAUUUUCCCAGUGAAGCUGAGGAAACAAAAGAAUUGAUUUAUAAUUAUACUCCAGUUUAUACAGGAACAUUUUCUUCAUUUCAGCAAAUCUAUUUUUUUGAUUGAAUAUUGUGUCAAAGGUGCAGUGUUGCUAUUUAUAAAUGGAAUUAUUUGCCAGCAUUGAGUAAUUAAGCUGAUGUAGUGCACUGCACAUGACAGAAAGCCAGCACAGUUCUUUCUUUAUAAUGAUUUAUUCUGUGUUUCUUCUGCACUUGUGGACCAUUAAUAUAAAGUCUAUAUUUAAUAACAUAAUAAUUGUCUUGGAGCACACUUUAAGGGAAGCUGCAGAAAAAUAGCUUUUCCUUCAAGGGAAAAGGUCUUGAUUAUGCUUAUUAACUUGGAAGUAGUCAUAUUUAGUACAAGGAAAAACACUGUAUUCAUGUAUUUUAAAAUAUGAGAGUUAUCUUUGUAAAUGUUGUGGGCUAUGAUAGCAUGAAAGGCUUAGAUGCAUUGCUUAGGAAAAUCCUAUCCUUUUCACAUGAUUUAACAAAUGAGACUCUUGGGUUUGCCAUAAAUAUGUGUAUGUAAACAAGUUCUUGACAGGGGCUAUUUUGUCAUUUGAAAAAUUGACCAAAGUAGUAAGGAGGCAUGACAGCAAAGAGACUUUUCCCACCCCCCCCCAGCCCCUAA